UCUUGCCACAAAACGCUGAGCCUCAAGAGUUUUUAGUUUGUGAGCAUUCAAGGGAUAAGAGUUGCAAUCGCAGAAGCUUACUGGCACACUGAAUCUAGGGUUUAUAGGCAAGCAUUCUAUUUGUCUCUACAAUGAUCUACGACGUCAACUCUCCUCUCUUCCGUUCCUUCCUCAGCCAGAAGGGUGGCUCUUCUGAUAAGAGGAAAAUGGAGGAACAGAAGCCCAAGGAGCAAAAACCCAAAGCAAGUGAGAAUAAGCCUGUAAUGACAGAGUAAAGCUGUUAACACGGAGGGACAGGUGCCUUGUCUAUCACGCUUUAAAAUGGUUUAGAAUGGGUGAAGCCUAUUUCAAAUGCUAUCAUAUUAGGAGUUUUUUCUUGGCCAAUUUAAAUGAAUGUAUUUCUAGACAAAGAUGUGAGUUUGUGAUGAAUGCUUGUUUCGACAUGGCUGUUAAUUUGAGUUUGUGAUGGACCUGGUAUUCUGAGAAACUGUUGAGCAAUGGAUGUUCUUGAAAAGCAGAUGAUGAGAUAGCAAACUUCAAUUAAAUCAUAUGUGACUUCUGUUUCUAAA